UGCGUGUGUGUGUGUUUGUCAUGUGGCGGCUUGUGGGUUUCUGUUCAUCAGCGCAGAAAAGACACGGAUGCGGUUUCUCCCAAUCAUAGGCCGAGGCUGCUGAUCCCCCUGUGCCAAUACGUCCUAACGCAGAGGAUUAACUAGGGUUUUGGCUUUUGUUUAAGGAGCGCCCCCGGGUUAUUUUUCCUAUGUUGUUGGGGGCGUGGAAAUAAUUGAGGGCAUAAUUAAAGAUCAUUUCGGGUUUUCUCGGAAGUCUAUUUUGGAUGUAUUUAUGUCGUGGUGCAUUGACCCACUCAAAGAGAGAGAGAUGGAGAGAGGGAGGGAGAGAGAGUGUGUGUGUGUGUGUUUGUGUGAUGAUCGUGCCUAGGAAGGAGGACAUCAUCGACCUCCAUCAUCUUUCUGAUCCCUCUCUCUAUAUCUGUGAGAGCUGCAGCAUCUGAUAAAUUCUCUCUCUCUCUCUCUCUCUCUCUUCCUAGGUUGAGUUUUCAUGGCGUACCAACACCAUACCAUGUUUGCUCACUGACGGUACGGCAAAGCAGCAGCUCAGCUCCCACUUCUUUUCUCUCUCUCCCGAGACCAUCAUCACCAUCAUCAUCAUCAUCUCAAACCCAAUAAUUCCCACUUCUUGUUUAGCUGGUAAGACUCUCACUUCCCUCUCUCUUUUCUCUCUGUGUCUUUCAAAAGGGUAUGAGCUGCUGGAAUCAAAGAAGCUCCCACACACCCACCUGAUCAAAUCGCCAAAAGACUUGAUUUUUGCUUUCUUUCUUGGUCUUUCACCUCUUUGAAAGAUCUGCCCCUCUCUCUCUCGCUCUCUCUCUCUUAGUGUUGUUGGGGGAGUUUCUUGCUCUUCCCAUGUUCCCCCACCUUUCUGAAGAGAUCAAAAGUUGCAGCAGAAAGGACAAACCUUUUGCUAUCAGAAACUCCAGAAACAGAAGGCAACUCUUGCUGAUACACUAGCCCCAGAAAAAGAAGCAGAUAAAAGAAAGAAAGAGAAAGAGAGAAAACAACAACUUUCGGCCAUUUCUAUAAGCUCAUGUGCAGUGAAGAGAAAUCAAGCAACAUGGUGGUCUCAUCCUCAAGCACCGGUGGGUUUUGCUACUCGGACUUGUCUUCUUCCCACAACCCGUCGAUCCAGACUCAGCCCCAUCUGGUGAGUCAAAUCCCGAGUUACGACUCCGGCUCGGAGAUCUUCAACUUGGCCUCCGGCAUGGACAUGAUCGGCUUCCCCAAGGACAGUCUGCCGAACCACCCUACCCAGAACCACGUCGCGGCAGCGAACGCACUCUUGUGGAAAGGCAAUAACUUCUUCGCCAAAACUGUGAGCCCCAACAACAAUAGCCAAAGUGGACCUUCAUCGUCGAAAACGGUGGCAGCGGCGGCGCUUGAUGACUCGGCGGCGAGCGAAUUCUACCGGCACGAAUUCAACAAACACGGUUUCUCGCAGGCCGAUCAGAAUCUGAUGGCGGCGGCAGCAACGACUUCGCAAGACGAUUCAGCGUCCGCUUGGCAAGAGAGCAACAAGCUUGUGGUCGACGAUUCCUCCAUAAGGUGCGUCUUUCCGUGCGAAGGGAACGAGAGGCCGAGCCAAGGCCUCUCCCUCUCACUCUCCUCGGCCAACCCUUCAAGCAUCGGACUCCAAUCCUUCGAACUGAGGCACGCCAACACUAGUGGUGGUGGCCAUCACAGUGAUCAUCAUCAGCAUCCAGGCGACAUGAGAUUGUUUGCUGCUUCGACUUCGAGAGAAGGGUUCUUCGGGAAGUCCAAUCUGGGGAGUCAUAUUCAGCCACAGCAAGCGAUGAUGAUGAUGCAUCAACAAGCCGGGCAGUUUCAGCUGAGGAAUUCAAAGUAUUUGGGUCCUGCUCAGGAGCUUCUGAACGAGUUUUGCAGCCUCGGGGCUAAGCAAAGUGACUUGACAAAGCAUCAACAGUCCAACAAAAGCAAAGCUUGGGAUGAUCAAGAUGGCGAUAACAGCGGACCAAGUGGGUCUUUGAAGCAGCAGUCUCUUGGGUCACUUGAGUUCAUGGAGUUGCAGAAGAGGAAGACAAAGCUGCUUUCAAUGCUCGACGAGGUGGAUAGAAGAUACAGGCACUACUGUGAUCAAAUGAAGGCCGUGGUGUCGUCCUUUGAGGCAGUGGCAGGGAACGGGGCGGCGAAGGUCUACUCGGCGCUGGCCUCAAAGGCCAUGUCGAGGCACUUCCGGUGCCUAAGGGAUGGGAUUGUGGGCCAGAUCCAGGCGACGAAGAAGGCCAUGGGGGAGAAGGACCUCGUGUCCCCAGGGAUAACGAGGGGCGAGACGCCGCGGCUGAAGAUCAUCGACCAGACCCUGAGGCAACAGAGGGCGUUCCAGCAGAUGACUAUGAUGGACAACCACCCUUGGCGGCCCCAGAGAGGCCUGCCAGAGCGGUCGGUGUCAGUCCUCCGUGCCUGGCUCUUCGAACACUUUCUUCACCCGUAUCCAAGCGAUGUUGAUAAGCAUAUUUUGGCUCGCCAAACAGGCCUAUCAAGAAGCCAGGUGUCCAAUUGGUUUAUUAAUGCGAGAGUGAGGCUGUGGAAGCCCAUGGUGGAGGAGAUGUACUUGGAAGAAACAAAGGAGCACGACAACAUGGGAUCCUCGGACGGGGCAGCAGAUCUCGAAGACGAUGGCCGGCCGAAUAAUCAGAACUGUGAGAUUACGCGUGUCGAGGAUCAAAAGCCAACCUCAGAUCAGUUGGUCCGGAUCGACUCCGAAUGCCUCUCCUCCAUCAUCACCAGCCCUGACAAGAGCGACCAGCACCACCAUUCCAAGAUGGCCGCCGCAAGAGCCCCGCAAAACCACCACCACUUGCACCCGCAGAACUCUGGUUUUGGGCGCGUCGGCGCUGCAUACGGGGGUAUGGAGAUCGACUUCUCGUCCUACAAUCACCACCCAACCUCGGCGGCCCCAUACAGCAACGAUGGCGAUGCUAGUCAUCAGAAUUUCAAUGGGAGUGGCGGUGUGUCACUGACAUUGGGACUGCAGCAGCACGGGGGGCCGGGCCAUGGGGUGAGCCUGGCAUUCUCGUCGGUAUCGCAGAACUCGCUGUUCUACCCUCGAGACCACAUCGAAGAUUGCCACCCGGUUCAGUACUCGCUUCUUGAUGGCGAAGGGCAAACUCUGCCCUAUAGGAACUUGAUGGGAGCUCAGCUGCUCCAUGAUUUGGCCGGUUAAAAUGGAGAUAGAACAAUCGAAUUGCUUCAUUGCAAUAUGGGUAUAUCUGGCAGGUGUUUUUUUAUCAUGAAAGAUGACGAUAUAUGUGUUAGAUUAUAUAUUUAGGUAAUAGAUUGAAUACCCCAUACGUGCAAAAAAAAAAAAAUAGGUAUUUGAGACGUACUUUUGCUAGGUGCUAGGUGCUAGAUGCCUACUAUGAAUCUCUUUUCCUUUUUCAUGCAUGUGGUUGGUAACUUCGCUAUCGUUUUAUCUCGUUUAUAAUUUCUCUAAUGGGUUUGGAAGGAUCACAACAUUUAGCUCACGGUAGGACACUCUUUCGGAGCUGCGCUUGAUUAAAUGCAACAUCACACGCAGGAUUUUUGUGAUUUGUCCUUUCCCGAGCAGAUUCGUGUUUUUUGUGGCUGAUUUUUCAGCUGAAUUUCGAAGGGUUCUUGGUGAUCACAUACCCUAGAUAUUUGUUAUCGGGUCUUGGGGAUAUCGGAGGAGAAUUUAAGCAAGCAGAGAGGGUCAUUUGGGGUUUUUUGUUCUUGGAGAUUAAGACAUGUCUUGCGUUUAGAGAACAAAAUAUCAAGAUCCUUUAUUGUUUUUGAGUUGUGGUCCCUCAGAUCCAUCUCUCUUGGUGUGAAGAUGAUCUUUCAUGCCAAUAAGUUGCUUUGCUUUAUGAUUUGUCCACUUUGGACGGUUUAUGCUGUUGCCUUGGCCAAGAAAAAAGGUGCUUUUUAGUACCCUUUUGUUCUUUGGUUAAAGAAACUUGCAAUUUUUUUCUUUCUGUGGAGGAAUAAUAAAUAGAUUUUUCUGUUUUUUUUU